CUGCCCUCCAUGGAGUCGUUGGCUUUUUCCCGGCGCCCCUGCCCCACUCCCUCGUCCGUAGAGAUCUCCCGGCCUCUUGCCGACGGGCUCAUCAAGUCGCCCAAGCCCCUGAUGAAGAAGCAGGCAGUGAAGCGUCACCACCACAAGCACAAUCUACGGCACCGUUACGAGUUCCUGGAGACCCUGGGCAAAGGCACCUACGGGAAGGUGAAGAAGGCGCGCGAGAGCUCGGGGCGCCUGGUGGCCAUCAAGUCCAUCCGGAAAGAUAAAAUCAAAGAUGAGCAAGACCUGAUGCAUAUACGGCGGGAGAUUGAGAUCAUGUCUUCACUCAACCACCCCCAUAUCAUUUCCAUCCAUGAAGUGUUUGAGAACAGCAGCAAGAUUGUGAUUGUCAUGGAGUUUGCAAGCCGUGGUGACCUGUACGACUACAUCAGUGAGCGACAGCGUCUCAGCGAGCGCGACGCCCGCCACUUUUUCCGGCAGAUUGUCUCCGCAGUGUCCUACUGCCACCAAAAUGGGGUUGUCCACCGAGAUCUCAAACUGGAGAACAUCCUACUGGAUGCCAAUGGAAAUAUCAAGAUUGCUGACUUUGGCCUUUCCAAUCAAUACCACCAAGAUAAGUUCCUGCAGACGUUCUGUGGGAGUCCCCUCUAUGCCUCACCUGAGAUUGUCAAUGGGAAGCCCUACAUGGGCCCAGAGGUGGACAGCUGGUCCCUGGGUGUUCUUCUCUACAUCUUGGUGCAUGGCACCAUGCCUUUUGAUGGAAAUGACCAUAAGACACUGGUGAAGCAGAUCAGCAAUGGGGCCUACCGGGAACCACCUAAGCCUUCUGAUGCCUGUGGUCUGAUCCGGUGGCUGUUAAUGGUGAACCCUACUCGGCGAGCUACCCUGGAGGAUGUGGCCAGUCACUGGUGGGUCAACUGGGGCUAUGCCACCCGUGUCGGGGAGCAGGAGGCCCCACAGCAUGAGGGUGGGCAGUCCAGCAGUGACUCAGCCCGGGCCUCCAUGGCCGACUGGCUCCGCCGCUCUUCCCGGCCCCUCCUGGAAAAUGGAGCCAAGAUGUGCAGCUUCUUCAAGCAGCAUGUGCCUGGAGGAGGGGGAGGCCCUCCAGGCCUGGAGCGCCAGCAUUCACUCAAGAAGUCCCGCAAGGAGAAUGACAUGGCCCAGUCUCUCCAGGGGGGCCCACCUGACGGCACUGCCCCUCGCUCUGGGAAGGGUGACCUCAAGCUGCCAAAGGGCAUUCUCAAGAAGAAGCCUUCGAACUCCUCAGAGGAGGCAAAGGAAGAGCCCUGUGAGCUCAGCCCAGUUCCCAGCAGCCCCCAGCAGGCGGCCCUGCUGCAGCCGAGGAAGGGCAUUCUCAAGAAGUCUCGGCAGCGAGAGUCCGGCUACUACUCCUCUCCAGAGCCCAGUGAGUCCGGGGAGCUCUUGGACGCAGGGGACGUGUUUGUGAGUAGUAAGCCUGUGGAGCAGAAGGCCCCCCCUGCCUCAGGCUUGCUCCCCCAUCGCAAGGGCAUCCUCAAGCGCAAUGGCAAGUUCUCCCAUACCGCCUCUGAGCUCACAGCCCCAGCCGCCUUUGGUUCUUUGGACGCACUGGCCUCACCCUGCCCUCCGGCCCGGUCCAGCCGCCCCUCAGGGGCUGUGAGUGAGGACAGCAUCCUGUCCUCCGAGUCCUUUGACCAGCUGGACUUACCUGACCGACUCCCAGAGCACCCCCUGCGAGGCUGUGUGUCUGUGGACAACCUCAUGGGGCUUGAGGAGCCCCCCUCAGAAGAUCCUGGAAGCCGCCUGAGGCACUGGCGGCAAGAUCCUCUGGGGGAUAGCUGCUUUUCCCUGACAGACUGCCAAGAGGUGACGCAGGCCUACCGACAGGCACGCGGGCUCAGCUCUAAGCUCAGCUGA